AAAAGACAAUGUUCAGCUGCCGAAACCGUAAUAUUUGAAGAAACAACUAACUACUAGCAAAAGAACAAAGCUUGUAGUUGUCAAUGGUAAAUAUUCUCAUUCUUUACGCACAAGUCCAAAUCACAGACUACCUAGUUAUUUAAGAAGGAGAGAUUGGCUCUUACCUUUCCACUGCUACAAGUAAAGAUUCAGUUCUGCAGAACAAGGUAAGCAACCAUAAAGCUCUGAAAUGGACAAGUCGGAUCAGAUAAAUGGGCUCAAGCAAGAUGCACCAAAGCGUCAAAAGGGUGGCCUGGUUACCAUGCCCUUCAUCAUAGCAAACGAGGCAUUUGAGAGACUUGCAAGCUAUGGGCUUACACCAAACAUGAUACAGUAUCUUGUUCGAGAUUACCAUAUGAGUCUAACAGAGGGCCAGAACAUACUAUUAUACUGGAAUGCAGCUAGUAAUAUCUUGCCCCUGAUUGGAGCAUUUGUCGCUGAUUCUUAUCUGGGUCGGUUUGUCACUAUAAUCAUCGGUUCUGUCUUCAGUCUCCUGGGUAUGAUUGUUAUGUGGUUAACUACCAUGCUGCCAGCAACAAAGCCCGAUACCAACUGCCAGACUUGUAAACCAUCAGGGCUACAAUACUUGGUCUUACUGUCAUCUUUUGUUCUCAUGUCAAUUGGAGCAGGUGGCAUUAGGCCUUGUUCAUUAGCUUUCGGUGCUGAUCAAUUAGACAAGAAAGAUAAUCCCAAAAAUAAGAGCAUAUUAGAGCGGUUCUUCGGAUGGUAUUAUGCAUCUGCAGCUCUUUCAGUGAUUAUUGCCAUGUCAGUUGUGGUAUACAUUCAAGAUCACAAAGGAUAUAGACUAGGAUUUGGGAUUCCAGUAAUUCUCAUGUUCCUUUCUGCUACUCUUUUUUUGCUCGCAUCUUCAAUGUAUGUGAAGCAAACAGUCAAGACAAGUUUGUUCACUAGCUUUGCACAAGUAAUUGUGGUUCUCUAUAAGAACAGAAAUCUCUCUCUACCUCCUCAAGAUUCGGAUGCAUGGUAUAGUAAAAAAGACUCAGUUCUCCGCAUGCCAAGUAGCAGACUAAGGUUCAUGAACAAAGCUUGCAUCAUUAGGAAUAAAGAAGACAUAGCGCCGGAUGGAAUGGCUAUAAACCCAUGGAACAUUUGCACUGUAGAUCAAGUUGAGGAACUCAAGAUAAUUGUUAGAGUCUUGCCAAUAUGGUCUACAUCGAUAAUGAUUGCAAUAAACUUAAACCAGGGUUCAUUUGGAUAUUAUCAAGCACUGUCCAUGAAUAGGCAGCUCGCUGGAGACUUCAAAAUUCCACCAGGCUCCUUUGGUUUGUUCACAGUGGGGGCUUUGUUUAUAUGGAUUACGGUAUAUGAUCGCAUCUUACUUCCUUUAGCGUCCAAGUUCAGAGGAAAACCAGUUCAUAUUGGUGUAAAAGAAAGAAUGGGGAUGGGGUUGGUUUUAUCUUUCUUUGCUAUGAUAGUUUCAGCAAUCGUCGAGCACAUUAGGCGAAGAAGAGCAAUUGAACAAGGAUUAUUAUCAAAUCCAAGUGGUGUAGUCAAUAUGUCUGCAUAUUGGCUUGUUCCUCAACAUGCAUUGAGUGGAUUAGCUGAGGCUUUCAAUGCAAUAGGCCAAAUGGAAUUUUACUAUUCUGAAUUCCCCAAGAAUAUGUCUAGCAUUGCAUCAUGUUUACUCGGUUUGGGAAUGGGGGUAGCCAGUUUGCUAGCUAGUUUAAUUUUGAGCACUGUAGAUGCUGCUACAAGCAAAGGUGGAAAGCAGAGUUGGAUUCAAAAGGACAUUAACAGAGGCCAUUUCGAAAGUUACUAUUGGCUACUUGCUGUUCUGGGCUUCAUCAACAUACUCUACUAUAUAGUCUGUAGUCGGGUUUAUGGACCUUGUGUUGAACAAAAGAAUGGAGUUCGUCGCGAGAAUGUUGAUGAUUUUGCUACUCCAGGACAAGAAUUAUUAAAGAGAAAUCCGGCUCAAAUUACUGAUGAAGGCAAUAUUGCUAAAGAACCAUAAAGAACCAAAGCAUUUCCAAAGAACCAAAGCACUCUCACCGGCUUGAUGUACUGUAUAGUUUGCGGCCUGUUACAUAUUGCAAAGGUUCUUAGCACUUUUACUUCUUGCUGUAUCAUAUUUCUUGUAUUCACCCAUGGAUAAGUGCAAAAUUAUGUGCCAUCCCAGAAUAUUAGAUCAUAAUAGUAAUAAUAAGCAUGGUUUAUCAUA